UUGGUGUUGCGACGCAUGGCGCUGUUCUGGUGUCUUGGUGUUGCGACGCAUGGCGCUGCUGUGUUGUCUCCCUGCAGUAAACACACCAUCAUGGGUGAUCAUGUUGCAGAACGGGUGCAAGACAUUAUCACUCAGGCACACCAGGAACAGAAAUCCAUUGAAGUGAACAAGGAGAUACAGCUGGAAUGUGACGUUGGUAACUUACUGGUCACAGAUAAGAACACACUGGAGGAGAAACUUAUCAGAGAUGAAGAUCAGUGUGAUGCCUACCUGUGUUCCUUAGCUCGUGAUGGCAUCCAGGCUCUUCUGACAAAAGUGUGGGAUUUACCAUCAGAACAGAUUGAUAAUUCUAUAUAUGUCACAUUACCAAAGCCAGUCACAAAAUUACCAAGGGAGAAACCUGUACCUAAAGGCAAAGAAAUAACCAAGUGGGAACAGUAUGCUCGUGAGAAGGGAAUUAAGAGGAGGAAGAAAGGCAAGAAAGUUUGGGAUGAAGUUCUCAAGCAAUUUGUACCUCGGUAUGGAUACCGUAAAAUACUAGCAGAAAAAGAGAAGAACUGGGUUAAAGAAGUUCCUGAUAAUGCAGACCCAUACGAGGAUCAGUUUGCAAAAGCAGCAGAGAUAAAGAAGGAAAAUAUAGCCAAAAAUGAGUAUCAGCGCUUGCGAAAUAUAGCCAAGCACAGAAAACUGAAGGUUCCUAAUGUUGGAAUCACUGGAAAUGAAUAUGCUUCAGCUAAAGAUCUGGGAUUAGCCACGCAUUAUGCACGACAUGCAACGGCUUCAUUGGGCAAAUUUCAGCCGGAUCUUCCAAAUGAGAAAAAAGUUAAGGGUUUGGGCAAGAAACGUAAGCACGAAGAUACCACUGGUGAUGCCGAGGUUGAGAAGAAACGGUACAUGGCAGUUCUUGAGAAGAUUGACAAGCCAGACCUGAACCUGGAGGGAGCAGUCCAUAAGCAGAUCAGAGAUGAGAAUGUUAUAAUGGAUCUGGAACGCAGAGGUGGGAAGAAAUAUGGCAGAAGAUCAAAAAUGGGUGGCAGGCACCGAACUAAAUCAGAUCAUAGAGCUGCUAAAUUGGGCAAGGGUUAUCAUAAAAUAAAAGCCAAAAUAAAGAGCAAAGCUAAAUUUGGGGGCACAGGAAAGGGUGGGAGUAAAGGGAAUUUUGGGGAUAUGAGAAAGGGUGCAGGUAAGGGUAAGGGUGCAGGUAAAGGGAAGGGUGGUGGUAAAGCUAAACGUUAAAAGGCUGUUUUCAUUGUUUUAAAUUAAAAUGCACCUAUGACAUUAUACAAAAGAAUAUAUUACCUGUAUAUUGUUGGUAUGUAGUUAAAUAAAUGGUGACAGCUGUUAA